GCAUUGGCAGUUUCCACUUCUAUUGCAAAAACUACAGAUUUUGAAUUUACAUUGGGGCUGGUGCCGGUUGGAGUCGCCGAGUUACCCGACGGAGUCGACCGAAUUGAAAUUGAUGGCGGGAUUGAAGAACCUCAGGUGUCGUGAGAUUGUUUCACGUGAAAUUAUUUUUAGUUAUUUCAUGCAAUUUUCCUGUGCCUGGUCUGCAGAGUGUUCCAGCGACAAAUGAAAACUUUGAGCUAAACAAGGACAACGUCAUCGCAAAUUUACAAGCCGAAUUGUACGAGGAAAAGAAAAAAAAUCGGAAACUUAGAAGGAUGAUGAGAAAAAUCAGUCCAGCGACAGACACACAAUUUGUGGAAGCUGAGAAGAUCGAAAUCAAACCGGGGAUCUUUGUUAAAAAAUCGUUUCUGGAAUUGGCUAAACUUAGCUGUGUCUCCCGACCAAGUUUCUUCUUCCGCAAAUUGAUCUUUGAAGGUGAGAUUUUUACUCUCGAAGAAAUUGCCAACUCGUCCUUGACUGGUAAGCCAUCUCCAGCCUUUCGGAACAAUGUUCGAAGAUGUAUCGACCCUAUCCGAUUUAAAGCAUUAAAGGAUUACACAACGGAAAUUUUCGGUCUGAAGCCAAAUACUGUUGAGUGGUUAACUUUUGAAAAGAAGCUUCACAAUAUUCCUGGGGAUGCCAGAAAGAAGAUGAAUCGCCUCACAGGUCUGGCUGGAAAUUCAACGAUCACGUCGCAGGAAUUCAGUCGUCCGAAUUCCGAUGAUUCAGAAACGAGAGUUGAGGAGUAUCUCAACUUGGUAGGGGACAAUUAAGAACAGUAUAAAAUUUAUUAGUUGGAUUCUUGUAUAAAUAAAUACAUUGAAUUUUUAAUAGUUGA